AUGGUAGCCAAGAGUAUGAAAAAGGAGAGGCUUCAGGAGAACCUAGGAAUCUUUGACUGGGAACUGACGGACGAAGACCGGUUCAAGAUUACUCGGAUACGGCAGUACAAGAAGGUCACGGUGCUGGCGAUCCUCUGCCCUGAAGGUGUCCCUGGCGUCGAUAUGUCGGAGGUUGAUGUGGUUGAAACGGUGGGCUACCGCCACUUCGACACGGCCGCCAUGUACGCGACGGAGCGGCCCCUGGGCGAGGCCCUCGCGGAGGCGGUGCGCCGCGGGCUCCUGGCGUCCCGGGAGGAGGUGUUCGUCACGUCCAAGCUCUGGUGCACGCAGUGCCACCCUCAGCUCGUGCUUCGGUCCCUCCGGGAGAGCCUCCAGAACCUGCAGAUGGAGUACGUGGACCUGUACCUGAUCCACUGGCCGAUCAGCCUGAAGCCCGGGCCGGCGGUGUUCCCGGUGAAGCGGGACGACGCCGUCCCGUUCGACUUCGAGGGCGUGUGGCGCGCGAUGGAGGAGUGCCACCGCCUCGGGCUCGCCAAGGCCAUCGGCGUCAGCAACUUCACCACCAGCCACCUCCACAAGCUACUCGCCGCUGCCACCGUCCCUCCUGCAGUCAACCAGGUGGAGAUGAACCCGGUCUGGCAGCAGAGGAAGCUGAGGGGGUACUGCGCGGAGAAGGGCAUCCACGUCGCGGCCUACUCGCCGUUGGGAGGGCAGAAUUGGUCCGGCGACGGAAACGCCGUGCUGGACUCCGAGGUGCUCGCGGAGAUCGCCAGGGCCAGAGGAAAGACCGUCGCACAGGUAGCGCUGAGGUGGAUCUACGAGCAAGGGGUGACCCCGAUCGUCAAGAGCUUCAGCAAGGAGAGGCUCAAGGAGAACCUCGGGAUCUUCGACUGGGGGCUCGCCGACGACGACCUGCGCAAGAUCGGCCAGAUUCCGCAGAAGAAGAUCGUCAAAGCUGCAGGCAUGCUGUUCUCGGCAGAGGGCGAGUUCACGUCGGUUGACCUCGCAGACAUGGAAAUUGUCGAGGAAUAA